AUGGAGGACGUUAAACCCUUGGAUAUUCUCGACUCGAUUGUUAUCAAUCCGGAUAUUGUAACGCAGUCUUAUAGCGACGAGAAAACAUUAGGUGGUGAAGUAUUUACCGAAGAAAAAUCACUGGACAAAAAUGUUUGCUGUGAAGUCUGCGGGAAAUCGUUUGGCAAAGCCCGUUAUUUAAAAGAACACGAGAAAGUGCACACCGGGGAAAAACCGUAUCUUUGUGAAGUAUGUGGGAAAUCUUUCUCUCGGACGUCUCAUCUUGCUCUUCAUAAACGUAUCCACACGGGAAAGAAACCUUACCGCUGUGAAAUAUGCGGGAAAUCAUUUGGGAAAAACAGCAAUUUGACCAAACACAAGAGAGUACACACGGGAGAAAAACCGUUUCCGUGUGAAAUUUGCGGUAAAUUUUUCUCUGACAAUUAUAAUCUUGCCAUCCAUAAACAUAGUCACACGGGAAACAAACCUUUCCGCUGUGAAAUAUGCGGGAAAUCUUUUGCCCUUAAUAGUUAUUUAAAAAGUCACAAACGAAUUCACACGGGAGAGAAGCCAUUUCAGUGCGAAGUAUGUGAAAAGAAUUUCAGUCAGAAAUCGAGUCUGGUUACUCAUAUACGUAUUCACACGGGAGAAACGCCAUACCACUGUGAAAUCUGUGGAAAAUCUUUCUCCCUUAAGUCCAGACUUGGACAACAUAAGACAGUACACUCUGCAGAAAAACCCUACGACUGUGAAAUCUGUGGUAAGACGUUCUCUUUGAAUUCCAGUCUUGUACACCAUAAGACUAUGCACUCUGGAGAAAGGCCAUUCCACUGUGAAAUGUGUGGAAAAUCUUUUGUGGAUAAAGGUGAUUUAACACGACACAAAAAGAUCCACAAUGAGGAAAAACCUAAGCAUUGUGAAAUUUGUGGAAAAUCCUUCUCGGUUAAUUCUAGUCUCAUAGACCACAAACGGACGCAUACUGGGGAAAAACCACAUCAUUGUGAAAUUUGCGGAAAAUCUUUCAUUCAGGUUUCACAUCUCGUCUGUCACAACAGGGUCCAUACGGGGGAGAAACGACACCAUUGCGAAAUCUGCGGUAAAUCCUUCUCCUCUCGUUCACGUCUUAUAUAUCACGGAACGACGCACACGGGGGAAAAGCCUUUCCGCUGCGAAACGUGCGGGAAGCAUUUUGUGAAUAACAGUUCCUUGUCGACUCACAAGAAAAUACACUCUGGCGAGAAAGCUCAUCGCUGCGACAUAUGCGAGAAAGGUUUUGUGAAUAACAGUGAUUUGACCAGACACAAACGAAUUCAUUCAGGCGAGAAACCCUGCCACUGUGAAAUAUGUGGAAAAUCUUUCAGUAAUAAUGCCAACCUUGUCAACCAUGUACGAAUUCACACUGGGGAAAAACCGUAUUAUUGCGAAAUUUGUGAGAAGUCGUUCAGAAGUAGUUCCAAUCUUGCCAGACACAAAAAAAUUCACUCUUGA